GGGGCCGCGGGCCACCUGAGCGCAGCGCCGCCGGCGUCUGCGCCGCCAGCCCUGGCCAUGUCGUCCUCCUUCUUCAACCCCAGCUUCGCCUUCAGCUCGCACUCGGACCCCGGCGGCGCCCCGCUCAGCGAGCUGUCCUGGUCGUCCUCCCUGGCUGUGGUCGCGGUGUCCUUCUCGGGCCUCCUCACUGUCAUCGCCCUCAUGCUGGCCUGCCUGUGCUGUAAGAAGGGUGGCAUCGGGUUCAAGGAGUUCGAGAAUGCGGAGGGGGAAGAGUACGCGGCUGGCUUCUCGGCCCAGGGCUCCCCGGCGGCCUCUGCGCAGAACGGGCCGGACGUGUACGUGCUGCCGCUCACCGAGGUCUCGCUGCCCAUGGCCAAGCAGCCCGGGCGCUCCGUGCAGCUGCUCAAGUCCACAGACCUGGGCCGGCACAGCCUCCUGUACCUGGAGGAGAUCGGCCACGGCUGGUUUGGGAAGGUGUUCCUGGGGGAGGUGAACUCGGGCCUCAGCAGCACCCAGGUGGUGGUGAAGGAGCUGAAGGCCAGCGCCAGCGUGCACGAGCAGAUGCAGUUCCUGGAGGAGGCCCAGCCCUACAGGGCCCUGCAGCACAGCAACCUGCUCCGGUGCCUGGCCCAGUGCGCCGAGGUGACGCCCUACCUGCUGGUGAUGGAGUUCUGCCCCGUGGGGGACCUCAAGGGCUACCUGCGGAGCUGCCGGGCGGCGGAGUCCAUGGCGCCUGACCCCCUGACCCUGCAGCGCAUGGCCUGCGAGGUGGCCUGCGGCGUCCUGCACCUGCAUCGCAACAACUACGUGCACAGUGACCUGGCCCUGAGAAACUGCCUGCUCACCGCGGACCUGACGGUGAAGAUCGGCGACUACGGCCUGUCUCACGGCAAAUACAGAGAGGACUACUUCGUGACCGCGGACCAGCUGUGGGUGCCGCUGCGCUGGAUUGCGCCCGAGCUGGUGGACGAGGUUCACUGCAAUCUGCUGGUGGUGGACCAGACCAAGGCCAGCAACGUGUGGUCCCUGGGCGUGACCAUCUGGGAGCUGUUCGAGCUGGGCGCACAGCCCUACCCCCACCACUCCGACAGGCAGGUGCUGGCCUACGCCGUCCGGGAGCAGCAGCUCAAGCUGCCCAAGCCCCAGCUGCCGCUGCCGCUGUCUGACCGCUGGUAUGAGGUGAUGCAGUUCUGCUGGCUGCAGCCAGAGCAACGGCCCACGGCCGAAGAGGUGCACCUGCUGCUCUCCUACCUGUGCGCCAAGGGCGCCACCGCGGCGGAGGACGAGUUCGAGCAGCGCUGGCGCUCCCUGCGGCCGGGCGGGGGCGGUGCGGGCCCCGGGCAGGGGGCGGCUGGCGCCGCUCUAGGGAGCGCGGGUGAGUUGGCCGCCGCCUCGUCCUUCCCGCUGCUGGAGCAGUUCGCAGGCGACGGCUUCCACGCGGACGGCGACGACGUGCUCACGGUGACCGAGACGAGCCGUGGCCUCAACUUCGAGUACAAGUGGGAAGCGGCCCACGGCGCCGACGCCUUCCCGCCGCCAGCGGACCUCCCGAGCCCGGGCCGCGCCGCGCGCCUGCAGGAGCUCUGCGCUCCAGACGGCGCACCCCCGGGGGUCGUGCCUGUUCUCAGCGCACACAGCCCCUCUGUGGGCAGCGAGUACUUCAUCCGCCUUGAGGAGCCCGCACCCGCUGCCGGCCACGACCCCGACUGUGCUGGUUGCACCCCUAACCCCUGCGCCGCAGCCCCCAGCUCCGAGGGCGAGGGCCACGACACCAGCUCAGAUGGCAGUGUUGCUGCCUCGCUGGCGGUGCCGCUGCAGGGCCAGGCGCCAUCCACCGACGGCCCCCGGGGCCACGGCGACCGCCUCCCCGACCUCUCCCCGAGCAGCAGCUGCGCCCAGGACCUGCCCUGCCCCUCGCGCGCUUCCUCGCCCGGGGGCCUGAUGCUGGUGGAGCCUGGAGUGGAGGUGGCGGACUGGGGCGCGGCCACUCGCUGCCCGCCCUACUGUGAGGACCCGCUGGGCACAGACCCCUCUGGGAUUCCCGGGGCCCCGUUGUCUCUGGGCAGGGAGGAGCUGGGGGAGGCCGCAGCACGCAGGGCCGCCCAGCAUGGACACUGGAGCUCCAACGUGUCGGCCAACAACAACAGCGGCAGCCGCGCCCCUGAGUCCUGCGAUCCAGGCGGCACAGGGAGCGACAGGGACGGCUUCUCCUGCAGGAAGCAGACCCGAUGGGCUGUCUCUGAGCUGGACCAUCCCCUGGCCCCAGAGGACCCCAGAGAGCCGCUCCUUGGGCUAGAGGGAGCCUCCUUGGGCCAGAAGUCGAGCCGCUGCCUUGACCCCCCUCAUCUGUGUCCUGCUGAGGGCCUGCCACCUGCCACCAGCCUAGUCACGCCCCCCUGGACAGAGGCAGCCAUCAGCGGGGGAGACAGCCCAGAGACAGAGCCCAGGCUUGGCGAGGAGGCCGAGGGCUCUGAGGGACCCCAGCGGCUCCUUCCAUCCAUCCCGUCCCCACCCCAAGAGGGAGCCCUGCUUCCCGCUGAGGAGGCCAGCGCCCCCACCGCCCUGCCUGCCUCGCCCACGCCUGCCAGCAGCCAGCCAGCCGCCACGGAGCCAGCCCAGACAUGGGGCCGCGGCAGCAGCUCUCCUGAGCCGGAGGCACCAGGCAGUGACAACGAGGACACCACUGAGGCCACUUCCGGUGUUUUCACCGACUUGUCCAGUGACGGCCCGCAGGCCGAGAAGCUGGAUGUGACGCCAGCCUUUCGCUCCCUGCAGAAGCAGGUGGGAACCCCUGACUCCCUAGACUCGCUGGACAUCCCGUCGUCGGCCAGCGAUGGGGGCUGUGAGGUCUUCAGCCCGUCAGCCGCCGGCCCCUCUGGAGGGCAACCCCGAGCCCUGGACAGCGGCUAUGACACCGAGAACUACGAGUCCCCCGAGUUCGUGCCCAAGGAGGCGCACGACCCGUGUGAGCCUGAGGCUUUCGGGGGACUGGCCUCGGAGGGUGAGAGCCCCGGAGCUGGGACUCAGCUCUCGGCCUCCCUCAGCGGUCUCAGCGAGAAGAACCCGUACCGUGACUCCGCCUACUUCUCGGACUUGGACACUGAGCCCGAGCCCGUGGUGGGCCCCGGGAAGAGGGGCAGGGGAGUCCUGGCCCCUGGGCCAGAGCCGGACCUGGAGAGUCCACAGGGCCCUGGGCUGCCACCUGCCCAGCCUCCUUCUGAGUCUGCGGCACCUGGGGAGGCGCAGAGCCCUGGCCCCAGGGAGGAGUCGCCACGGCCCCUGCCUGAGGGCUCUCCCCCUGGACCAAGCGCCUGCCCCGCGGACCCCGGGAGGGAGCCUCCCUGGCCCCCAAGCCCAGCCCAGGGGUCACCAGUGCCCAGUCCCGGGCGUUCCAAAGUGUUCCUACUGAGCCCCGUCCCGCGGAGCUCAGACAGCCACGGCCCCGAGCUGCAGGAGCCCCGGGGACUGCGGUCAGUCCUGCAGGAACGGACAGGGGGCCCGGGCGCCCCCAGAGGCCCACUCUGCCUGGCCCUGCCAGGACUCCCCGCUGCCCCGGAGGGCCGGCCAGAGGAGGAAGAGGAGGACAGCGAGGACAGCGACGAGUCGGACGAGGAGCUCCGCUGCUACAGCAUCCAGGAGCCGAGCGAGGAGAGCGACGAGGAGGCGCCGCCCGUGCCCGUGGUGGUGGCCGAGAGCCAGAGCGCACGCCACCUGCGCAGCUUGCUCAAAAUGCCCAGCCUGCUGUCCGAGGCCUUCUGUGAGGACCUGGAGCGCAAGAAGAAAGCCGUGUCCUUCUUUGACGACGUCACCGUCUACCUCUUCGACCAGGAAAGCCCCACCCGGGAGCUUGGGGAGCCCUUCCCCGGAGCCCAGAAGUCGCCCCCCGCGUUCCUCGCGGGCCGUCCCGGCUCCCCCGGCGCCCCCGGCGCCCCCUGCCGGCCGCGACGGGCCGAAGGCUCACCCGACGGCCUCACCGUCGAAGAGGGCGGAGAGUUCCAGUGGGACGACGGCUUCCCGCGGGCGCCGGCGGGGGACACCGCGCUGGCCGCCCCCGCCGCGCCCUCCAAGCCGGCCGCGCCCGGCCCCUUCUCGCGUUUCACCGUCUCGCCCGCGCCCGCGUCCCGCUUCUCCAUCACGCACGUCUCCGACUCGGACGCCGGCCGUGUGGGAGGCUCUGCCGGAGGUGCUGGGGGCAUCUGUAAAGAAGCCUGAGGCCCCAGCGGCCCCGCCUUGGAGGCCCUGCUCUGGGCAGCAGCGAGGAUGGCGUCUGACUGUGUGGGGGCUGCAGUCGACGCGGUUGGCAGCAGCUUCCAGCACCGCGGUGCCCUGCGCAGCACCGUGGUCCGCAGAGCGCCGUGCCGCGGCCGGGGCCGCCCUAGGGGCAGGGCUGGCCUGGCUGCUGUCUCUGCCGCUGUUCCCUAGGGAAGGCCUGGCGCCGCGCCCCGCUGUCAGACUGCUCGGCCUCUGAGGCUGGGGGGCCUCCCGGGCCCUGCCCGCCGGCCCCAGCAGUGCAUUGCAGGGGGCGGUGCCCCCCACCCUGCGUGGUACCUGGCGCAGGCCCUGUGUCCUCGGCCCCUUUCACCUGGUUCUGGGUUUGCUCAGUGCAAGGACAGGCCCCGGGGCUCCUGGGUCCCACCACCCUUACCUCAAAGUCUGUGGCUGCAUUUCCCCUUCACUGACUCCACUAGACCCCAUGCCCUCCUUCUGCGCAGGGUCUGGGGCUAUUCCUGCCUGGGCCCCCCUGUUGGAGUCAACAGGGCAGCUUGAAAGACAGGGGGGGCCUCCAGGCCCCGCCCCGCCGCCUCAGCCCCAUUCCAGAGGCGCCCUCUGCUGCAUGGUGUGGGGCGCACCCCUCUGCGGGGACUACCCGCCCUGCUGCUGGAAGACGGUGGGGGCUGUGCCGGGGGGGCUCCCGCUGACAGGGAAGGGGCCGGGGAAGAGGUGGAGCUGGGGGGGGGCCGCACAGGGAAUAUUUUUGUAGCCACUACUGUCCGAGGCCGGGGUUAUGAUUUUAAGUUAUUGUUGCCAAAGAGACGUGAGUUUGUCGCUGCUUUGGGAGUGCGGGCGGGGAUGCUCUGGGGUUCGUGUUUUUGUUUCUUACUAGUUUGAGGCUUAGGAUGCUGGUGCGACGACU